AUGUCACAUCCAGCCGGGCUCUCCACUGAGAGCCUGGUGCCCAACCCCGCCUCGUCCAGCUCUCCCCCGGCCACACGGGAAGAACACUGGAGUGAUGCACAUGAUACGCUUGACUCUGACACCGAGCGCGAUGCCAUCGAAGAGGCCGGGGAGAGCGGCGAGGACCUGACCAUACCCCCAAAGCUUUCCUCGGACAAAACAGAGACCCACGAGAUCGUCGACACCCCGUCACCCACUCGCGCACAAGCUGCGCCAGAGCGUGUUUCGGACGCCGACGCCACGAGUGUGCAUAGUAUGCCACUUGUGCAGGUCACGGAGCCCACCAGUCCCAUCCUCCCAGCAACCCCUCGUAGUGUUAAUUCCCACCAUUCAUCUACCACGGCACGCUCACAGACCAGUCUGGCUCCCCCGUCUGCUUCUGCUUCUGCUACCGACCGGAGACGUCGUAAUAGGAAUACCCUCGACCCUCGCGCUUCGAAUCGUUUCUCUGGCUUCCUCUCCAACUUGAUACAUCGCCGAGACCAACCCUCGAGUCCCAGUGCGCCUGCCCCUGCAGAGCCUCAACCGCCGUCUGUCUCGUCAACCAACCAGUCGCGCGCCUCUUCUCCUGUUCCUCCCCGUCCAUCAACGCCUCCCCCACCUCUCCCUUCGCCAAGCCUAGACGAUCUAGGCCUCUCGCUGUCGCCCCUCACCAUCCACUUGGCUCCAAGUCACUUCAGUAGUCCUCCAAUAAGUGGUGCCUUCCUUGCUCCCCACUACCUGCUGUUAUGUCACGCCCAAGGACUGGACGCGUUGCCGCUGAUAUCGCCUCCGGCGCCACAGCCUUACGCGCUCGUCCGCAGGGCACCCUUCAAGAGCAUCGUUGUCAUGGAGCAUCGAGGGGUUCUCGUCGCCAUCGCAGGCAGGCGGGAUGGCGUGCGCGUAUACGCACUGGAAGAGAUCCGGCGGAUGAUAGAAUGGCGAAUGGAGGUAGAGGUGAGGCGAGAGCGGGAGAAGGCAAAGCGAGAGGAGACAAAACGUGCGGUCACCGCUAUUACCCUUCUCCACCACGAUGGGCAUGAGAAGAGAGGAUCCACAGAAAAACAGCCCGCCAUCGUGCAAGCCGCGCCCCCGGAAAAGAAACCCAUGCAGCCUCGACGUGCCUCCGUUUCCUCGGCCUUGCGCCCCGGUGCUCCUCGUGCCCCUGUCAUUCGUUCCGCGAAGUCGAAGACGCCGCAAAUCCGAGAGGACCCUCCGCCGGAUGAGCCUGCGGGACCUCCUCCAGCGUACUCUGGCUCCCCCAUUCGGGAAAUCACGUCGGUCCCACCCAUCCCACCCAUCCCACCUGUACCCCCUCCUAUAGUUCCACCUCCACGGACCCGUGAAGCGCUUGCUGGUACGAUGUCUCGGAGGCACACCCUGACGAACGUGAACACUCAAGCCCACGAAGACGGGCCAUUGGAAGACGAUAGCAAGAACGAUUGGGCAUCAAGCGACGACGAAGCUAUCAACGUCAUGACUGCGCCUAGCGGUAGCCAGGCUCUCGAUGAGCGGACCAGUGCGAUGGCCAACGGGGCUUCGACUGCUGCUGCUGCGUCUGCCUCGGCAGCUCGUGCAGAGAUGACCCGCGCUCAGACCGCCCCGAGCCUGAGCUCCCGUCCAAGCCGUCGAGGACGACCAGCCAACCUUGAUCUCAGCAUUCCUCCACCGUCUCCAACGCCUACGCUUUUAACUCUCCGACAAGCCCUUACGCUAGGAUCUGCUCCUCGACAAGAUGAUGGCAUGAUGUCUCCUGACGUCGACGGCGAUGCGGAUGGAAUCUCCACACCUGCAACCCCCACCCGCGAGCGCAUAUCCCUUGCGGAAGCUCUGUUUGAGAGCCGUUUGCCGGAGCUACCGCCCGAGCCCAUCCUGAUCAAUUCGCAAAACCAACCAGAAGGGGACUUGCCGGCUAGUCCUCGGACAUCCGAGCCGAGCACAAGCGGUGAAACCGGUAGCAACGCUCAGAACAACCGGCGGCGCAGGAGAUGGUCCGUCUUGGGUGGGGUGUUCUCUAAUUCUUCCGGACAGUCCCAGUCCUCCAUUCCUUCCCUUGCUGAACUGGCACAAGCUCCGCCGCCGCCGCCAGUGACAUCGACGCCACUUCUGGAGCGGCGGGCUAGCCUGCUCACACGGUCACAGUCGGGAAGAAUAGCCACAUCUACCUCGACGUCCACGGUGACUCCCAGGCGUCCGACUACUUCUCCCGGUCCGACUACUACCCCUCCUACACAGACACAGACGCAAGACAUUCCUCCAGUGCCGCAGCCUCCCUCAGCCGGAACUUCUCACUCUCGUUUCCUUCCCCGGCUACUGACGCAAGCGCUUGGACGCAGGUCUGAUGACGUUCCCUCGUUGCCUCGCCGAAGUGGUACGGCGAACGAGCGUUUGAUUAACGUACCAAAUCCUCCCCAUGCCCCCGCACCAAAACUGGAAUACGUCAAGCUUCCCGGCACGAAGGGCGCGGUCACUGUCAAGGCAGUGGAGACCGGGAAGAAGAGCUUCCUUGCCAUCCUCUGUGGAGACAAUGGCGAGAAAGUGGAACUGUUCGCUGGGACGUACCGCACGGCUCUUGGGUUGUCGCGGACGUUCAUCCUGCCGGACUCCCCGCGUUCCCUGGAGCUCCAGCUUCAAGGCGAUGAUCUUGUGGAAGUCUUCCUGGUCUUCUCCCAGAACGUGUUUGGACUGGAGCCCGCCACUGUCCGUGUCCGGGAAGUCCGCAUUGGUCGCGCGGAGCGUAGGGCGGCUCGUCGGCGUGCUCGCGAGAACAUGCCCGCAUCUGCUGGUGGCGGAGAUGGUGAUACCGACCCUGGCGUUCCCAACACUGAGGAAGAGGUGACAGUCAACGUGACCGCGCCCACCGAAGGUGGCACCCCCGGAACGGUACCAUCAACGGACGAGCUGAUCACGCUGGCAGCGGCGCAGAUGAGCCCAUACACAACCUUCCAGCAGCUCUCGUUUGCUCCAAACUUCCCGUUAGCCACCAUCGCGGACGAGUACAUCAUUCCUCCGACGUAUCGGUCCUUCAUUGAAUACCGGAGCCAGUAUGAGCCGGAGGUUGAUGGUACUGCCAACGUGGAUCUGUCCCAGGUCCAGUUUUCGCCCCCGGGCCUUCCAGUUCCGACACCUGCGCCGCCGUCCAGAUGGUUCUACCGCGACCCCAAGGCGUUAUUCAUGGUGAGUCCAUGGAAAGCCUCCCUCAUGCAGGCAUGGUAUCGGGACGGCCUGCUUCCACCAGACCUGCCUGUUCGCAGGGAAGAGGAUGCCGACUACACUCUUCUGAAAGAUCUGCGCCUGCAAUGCGUAGACCCUACACACCCUUUCCGCUCUUCUCCUCCCGUCGCUGCUGUGCCUGCUGUCCCCACGCCGGAUUCGUCGAAACCACUCCUUUCGCCUCAGUCUCUCCUCUCCCAGCCGAAACACUUUGGUCCUCCCGCGCUGUUCUACUCGUCCCGUGGCGGUCACAGCACCACGAUCGUCGACUCCCGUGGGCGCUCGGUUCUCAAGGGCCGCUUCAUGUGGAGCACCGACGAGGCUGAGGGCUCGCCCGCCAGUGGCCGUCUCGGCGACGUCAAGCGCCUCGAGGCUUUCGACGUGAAGGAUCGUGCUGUCCUUGUGGCGAUGCGGCAAGGGGGUCUCGAGGUCGUCGAUUUCGGCGAUGCACUCCUCAAGCCCGCCGACCACUCUCGGACCAGCCUGCCUCAUUUUCACCCUCCUUUGUCAAGCAUGAACCGUCGCGGACCUUUCGUUUGGAAAAUCGGAACGCCGAAGCAGAGCAUCGGACCGUCGAAAUCACCUGGCCGCGCGGAGUUCAUACUGUCUAACGAGGGUAACGACGAAAACGUCGACGAGGUGUUCUUCCUCGGCCGCAAGGAGGAUGAAAUGUUCCUAUGCGAGCGUACCGCACCACAUUCAGGAUACUGA